AUAAACAGCUCACUUCCGUUAUUAUUAUUUAUAUUAUAAAACAAUUUAAAAUAAACCAAGAACUGCAUUCAUUAACAUGUUCACUCAAUCACCUCCCUCAGAUCGAUUCUUUUUCCUCAACCUUCAUCAACUCAAAACCUCAGAAAUGCAGAUAAUCAUCUUCUUCCCCUUCCUCUUCAUCACCACUUCACUUCUCAUCACCGUCCAUGGCUACGGCUCGACGGGAACCAUCGCCGCAGCUUUCGGUUCAAACGGGUUCUUCUGCGCCAUCGACGCAAGCGGGAAGCAAGAAGUCAUCUGCUGGGACAGAGGCAACACGAACCACUCUCCCGGAGAAAUCUCCGGUUACUCACCUCCGGCGAUGUCUUCUCUCUCCGGCGGCGAAGGCUUCCUCUGCGCCAUCACCUCCAACACCUCGCGUGCCUUCUGCUGGAACCUUCAAGAUCCUUCUCAAAACCUCGUCCCGAAAGCUUUUCAGUACAACUCUUACUCGAGUAUCGCUUCCGGUAACAACCAUGUCUGUGCUAUAAGUGGGUUGUACUACUCAGGUCCUGACUACGGUCCUGUCCAUUGCUGGGAGUAUACGGACACAUCUGGUGUUCUCUGGAACUCGUCUUUUCAUAAUCCUUACAUAGACACUCUCAUGUUUCGUAAGAUUGUGUCGGGAGAUGGGUUUACUUGCGGUGUUACUAAAGAUGGAGAGUUGGUCUGUUGGGGACCAAAGUCAAACGGUUUGGGUCUCUCCGACAAGGGAGAAGGGUUUGAGGUUUUAGCUUCCGGGAGAAACUCUGUUUGUGGUGUCUCUAAAGAGUCAGGUCAGCUUCAGUGCUUCGGAGAUGAGACGGAGUUUGGAGAAGUACCGAACCGGGUCCGGUUUAUUUCUCUUUCAGCUGGUGCUGAUCAUUACUGUGGUAUCAGAGAGGAUGAUCACGGGGUUGCGUGUUGGGGAAGAAACGUGAAUUCUUCCUCUUCAGCUCCUAACACUUCAGGUUUUGUUGCGAUCUCGUCUUCAGAUUCAACUACGUGUGGUGUUAGGGAGCUUGAUCUGGUUCUUGAUUGCUGGAGAGUUCAUGAUUCUACUAAACCGGAUUAUAGUCCUCCUCUGGAGCUAUGCAGCCCCGGGGUGUGUUCCCCUCGUGGUAACUGUGGUGAUGGAUGGUUUGCUUUCAACGCAAGUAUCUUAAAAGAGUCUGAGCUCACGAGCUUGUGCUCGUUUCAUGACCUAAACAUUUGCUUACGCUGCGGGGUUGAUUGCUUGGAAGGCUACUUCCCUUCGAGUGGUUGUAACCCUAACGCGGACAGGGUCUGCACUCCUUGUUCGUUAUGUCAGAACAGUUCUUGCUACGGUGUAUGCAAGAUCCCUGCCGAGAAAUCGCGUAAGCACGAGCAGAGAGAGGUGAGGAGGCUUGUGAUCAUCAUUGGAUGCUCUGUCUUGGGGUUCUUGGUUAUGUUGGUUGGUCUAUCUUUCAUUCCGAGGAUGACUAAAGGCAGUAAAAGAGAUGAUGAAGAGAGGAGUAGGAUGACUUGUUGCUUUUGUUUCGACAAGAACUCUGUCGAAGCUGAUCCUGAUCCUGUUCCUCAGACGGGGCUUCUCCCGAGCGCUGUCUCCCUAGGGGAGACCAAGAUCUUCCGUCUCUCGGAGCUGAAGGACGCGACUCACGGGUUUAAAGAGUUUAACGAGCUGGGGAGAGGUAGCUUCGGGUUUGUCUACAAAGCUGUCUUGUCUGAUGGGGUUCAAGUCGCGGUCAAGAGAGCCAAUGCUGCGACCAUUAUUCAUUCCAACAACCGAGGUUUCGAGUCCGAGUUAGAGGUUCUUUGCAAGAUCAGGCAUAACAACAUUGUAAAUCUUUUGGGAUACUGCUCGGAGAUGGGUGAAAGGCUUUUGGUUUAUGAGCACAUGCCGCACGGUACGCUCCAAGAUCAUCUCCAUGGAGACCUUUCUCAGCUGGACUGGAGCAUGAGGUUGAAGAUUAUGUUGCAAGCUGCAAGAGGGCUUGAUUACUUACACAACGAGGUGGAUCCUCCGGUGAUUCAUAGAGAUGUGAAGACGUCUAACAUCUUGUUGGACGGCGAAAUGUGUGCAAGAAUUGCUGAUUUUGGAUUGGUUAGCUCGAGUGAAAGAGACUCAAGCAAGAGUGAUAGAGAAGGUGAUGUUUAUGACUUUGGUAUUGUUCUUCUUGAGAUGCUAAGUGGGCGGAAAGCUAACGAUAGAGAGUCUGAUCCUCCCGGGGUCGCGGAAUGGGCUGUUCCUUUGAUCAGGAAAGGUAAAGCUGCCGCGAUUAUCGAUAGGAACAUUGGUUUGCCUAGAAAUGUUGAGCCGUUGCUUAAGUUGGCUGAGUUGGCUGAGCUUGCUGUGAGGGAGAAUCCGAGCGAGAGGCCAAGUAUGAGAAAUCUAUUGAGCUUUCUUGAUCUUAUUGUCAAGACUGGACUCACCUUUUAAUUUGAAGAAGCGUUACAAAAUGUGAAUUAUAUUAUCAGCCUUGUUUUUUUAUGCUUUUGUUACAAAAUUGUACAAUUAUUGAUUAAUUAAAGUAAUAAACUGAGAGAUUUCUUUGUCAAAAUGUAUUAGAAAGUGAUCUUAGUAAUGUUAA